AAAUACAAGUCUUCGUGUUGCCUCCACCAUGAUGCAAACUCUAGAUGAACAACAGAUUACGACAAUCACAUCGGACAUUUCACCAGUAUUGCCAUCUCUGUUGGUCUGUUUGAUGAGUCCCGUUGAACUUAUACGUCAAAGUGCGUUGGAUGUAAUAUUUGGAUUGGUUUCCGUAUCACAAUGUUCUGAUAAAACUACUGUGAUGAAUUUGGCAAAACUCUUCGUUGAUUCUACUCAAGAAAUUGUUGCUGACGAAGCAUUUAUUAGCUGCGUUUUGCAGCGUCAUCUUCAAACCAACAAAAGCAGCGACAAAAAGAAAUCUCGGAAACGUGAAGUCCCUUCGGAUAUUUUGACUUACUUGCUUAGUCGUACAUUUGCUAAAGAUACACCUUCGUACAUUGUGCGGUCACUUUUGAAAGCUCUUGUUAAAGUUGACUCAGAGCAAUUUAUAAUCAUGGGCAAAAGUAUUUUUACGAAAACUCCAACGGAUGUGAUUAAUUCAAAAGAAAUUUCAUAUGACGAGAGCAUCGUGUUACUUCAAUUGAUAAAAAAGUUCACUCCACGUACUGCACAUAUUUUUGCUAUUGAUGUCGAUUUCCUUGAAAUUUUUCUUCAACUAUUGGAAAGGACCAAACCCGGGUUCCCUGGUCACAUGACACCACAGGAAGCCAUUCUCAACCAGAUAACGGCUGAAUAUUUUGCUUCAUUAAAUCACGAAGACAUUCAAAGUCAAAUUUUCAAUAAGUUGAUUGAUGUCCUUCUUGAUACAGACAAUUUGAAAAUAUCGACGAAGAUUAAAACCGUUUUAAAACAGAUUCCUGUAUCUUCGAAUGUUGUCCUCAAGAUGCUGAAUAAUUUAAUGGCGGAAGAAAGACCAAAACAAGGGAAAAGGAAGAAAUCUAAAGAUGAAAAUGUGGACGAAAGUUGCAUUUUGUUCCUUCCACAUUUGCAGAAAACAAUUGUGAUGAUUGAAAUGUUACAUUCGAAAGAUAACUUUAAAAACGCAGGAAUUUUGCUUCCAGCUCUAUUCAAGAUACUCUCCGUAUGUGUUGAGAUGCAAUCUCCAAACUCCGUGGAUUAUCUUAAACAAAUUCUCCUUUCAACCAUUUUAAUGACUUGUCAAUCUAUUGUUGGUGAAAAUAAAUUAAUUCCACAAGGCGUCCUUAAUGAAGAUCAUUUUAGCGUCGAACAAAUUGUUCACUGUAUUCGUGUGUCUGAGAAUCCUCAAACUCAUCAUCAUGCUCUAUCUUUAUUGGCUAUUGCUGCAAAGCUCUUUCCUGAAAAGGUCCUUCAUAAUGUUAUGUCUAUUUUUACCUUCAUGGGUGUCAAAAUCCUUCGUCAAGAUGAUUCGUACAGCUUUCAAAUAAUCCAACAAACAGUUGAAGCUGUUAUUCCAGAACUUUUACAGGGAUAUAAAAAUAAACCAAAUGGGCUAUCUCAAGUGACUAAAGUGAUGCGUGUUUUUGUGGAUGCGUAUCCUCAUAUUCCCGAGCAUCGUCGUUUGCCUGUAUUUGUUCAUCUUUUGACAACGUUGGGAGCUCCGACAUACGUUCAUGUUUGUUUGGCAUUGUUUCUUGGGAAAAUAUCAAGCAAAGAUACAAAGAGUGAAAACAAAGAGUCGUGUUUGGCAUUUUGCAGUUUUUUAUGUGCUGAAUUUUCUCUUGAAAUACAGAUGAAGUCUCUUGUUAGUUUGUUGGAAUAUCUGGCCACAAUUCCAGAGCAAAAACCAGAAGGUUACAACAGGAAGCGUUAUGUUGAUAGUUCUGGUAUUGUUUUUGAUGUAAACACUCAUUCGAACAAGGAAUUACAUCAGUUCAAAUUAAGUGGAUUGGAACUCAUGUUAAAUGUUCUUAGUGAUGUAAAAAUUGUGUCUCAGUCAAGUAAUGAGAAAACUACAACAGAUGGAGAGGAAAAUAUGUAUUACAGUUUACUUGAAACCUGCCUUGCAUACAUAAUCCGUAAAUCUCAUUCUGAUAAGACAAUCAACGAAGCAACGGAGAAAUUCAUUCGCGUAUUAAUACACAAAAUUUAUCAGAUUAUCGAAAAGGUUUGUGACCUACUUCCUCAAACUGAAUUCAUCAGUAUUACGUCACAGCUUCUACAUGACGAGGACUUUCUCACGCGAAGGAAAUGCAUGGAUUUAUUUUGCAAGAGAAUGCUCAGAAAUACCUGUCCUUGCAACUUAGAAGAGACAGAGAAAUUGUUGUCUCUCCUUGAUGCUAUUUUGCCUUUGAUACAAGAUACGGAAGGUUCAAUAUCUUAUAAACAGUCGUUGUUCAAAAGUGUCGUUGUAAUAUCAAAGCUGUUAGAUGCUGAUCAUAACAUUUCGCUGAAGAAGGUAUUUCCUGUUGCCAUUGAAGUGGUGCAUGAUGGGGAUGUAAAGAUUGCCUCCACUGCGUUACAUUGUCUUGCCGAACUAUGCUCUUUGUUGAAAGUACACACAAUACCAUUCGUACCAAAGCUACUACUAAUUAUCCUACAAAUACUCCAAUGCAAGGAACGUGCAAUGAGAUCUCAAACUUUGUGGAUGAACUGUUUGAUGCUUUUGCAAAACAUUAUCAAUGAUUUGCCAAACUUUCUCAGUCCAUACCUUAAAGACAUCAUUCUACAACUUGUUGGACCAAAUUUUGCGAGCUUUGAUGAACAUGGAUCGGAGAAAAACUCAAUUUGGCGGAAACAGAUUUCAAGCAGUAUUGUGAGAUUGAGAGGUGACAUUGCUGUCAGAGUCAAGCCACGUAUCUUAAUUCCAAAGAUAUCAAAAUGCUUGGAUGAAAUUGUUUCAAAUGAACAAAAUAAUUCAUUAACUGCCUUGUUUGAGUUGGUUGAUAAUUGUGUAACUAAUAUGACCAAAGAAGAUGUGGCGAAUCAUCACAAUGAACUUCUGUCAAUGUUUGUGUCUGCUUUGGAUUAUUGCUCCCGACAUGUUGAGGAUUCUAAAAAUGAAAACUCGUAUAGAAAUGAAGAAUCAGUGAUUGUUGCUUUUAUCAGCUUAAUCAUGCGAUUGUCAGAGUCUCUGUUCAGACCAAUGUUUUUGAAGUUAGUGGAUUGGGCGACAAAGUCGUCUGCACCAAAACAAAGAUUAUUGGUGUUUUAUCGCUUGGCUGACAGAAUGGCUGAAAAAUUGAAAGGUCUAUUCGUCCUGUUUGCUGGUUAUCUUGUGAAAAAUGCUGCCAUCAUUUUAGAUGAGACAAAUUCUUCCAAAAAUGAAAAGACAUUUUUUUCAAAUGAAUAUGAAGAAGAAGAAGCGAUUGAGAAGUCUUCUGAACUUUUGGAUUAUGUCUUAGAUUGUUUGUACAAAUGUUUUUUGUAUGACAAUCAGAGAUUUGUGAACAGGGAACGUUUUGAUAGAAUGAUUCAACCGUUAGUUGACCAGAUUGAAAACUUGCUUGGUCAUUCAGAAACGUUUGACAAAAGAAUAUCACACCAUCUGGCGCCGUGCAUUUCACAGUUUGCUGUAGCAGCUGGUCAAGAGAUAUAUUGGAAACCUUUAAACCAUCAAGUUUGUUUAAAAACUCGACAUUCUUCUCCUCAGGUUCGUUUAGCUGCGUUAAAAGUUAUACAGGAGUUGAAUCGCAAACUUGGUGAAGAAUAUCUUAGCUUGCUUCCUGAAAUAAUUCCUUUUCUUGCUGAGCUUAUGGAAGACGAAUCCUUUGAAGUGGAACAAAAAUGUCAGCAUGUUAUCGGCGAAAUGGAAGAAGUACUCGGUGAAUCAUUGCAGAAAUAUUUUUAACGUUUUACUGAAUGAUCACGUGACUUGUUACACCAUUUGCUGAGCGUCAAAUGUCAUUAUUUUGCCGAACAUGCAUGGUGUUAACGUUGUACAGUUAUACUGACAGCUAUAGAGUAAAGGAUGUUGAUAAUUGUAUUUUUUUAUACCAUUUAUUGUACAGUAUUUUAUUUUAUAUAAUGAGUUGACAACGAUGUGUGUAGCUAUGAUGUAUUAAAUGCUGUUGAAAUAGUGAGGCUUUUAUGUUAUUGUACUACAGGGUGUGUAAAAAAAUUAAAACCCUUUGAAAUCA